GCUGUUCCUAAUCACGUGGACACAGAGUAGCCAUCUUGGUUUGUAUUUCUAGGGAGAAGUUAACAGUGAAUGUUUCACGGACUCGCUCAAGUUAUGGCAUCAUUUGCAAAAUUUGCAUUCAGGACAAGGUGCUUAGGAAAAAUUAGGGCUGCGGCAGGUUUAGGCAAACAGGUUUCAAGCGGGAGUGUUUUGAAAUCUGAAAGUGAGCUGUGCAGAAAAAGUUCCAUUCAGUCAAGGUCGCUUAGUAUUCUGCCGCAGAAUUUUACAAAGUCUGGUGUUCCUAGUCUCUAUCUCUGCAUUGUAAACACAAAUACUGUUUGUACUGGGUCAUUGCUGACAGCAUGUUUAGAAAAUAGUGAAGAAUUAUCAGAUGGAACAUCGGGUGAUGAGCCUUAUAAACGCCAUAAGAUAUGAUUUUUAGAUUAGAAAUUAGUUGAUGUGUUUAUUGGUAAUGAUGCCUCUGUAUGUAUAUGUUUUGUGGCAGAAUAACAGUGUGUCUUU